AUGUUAGAUAAUUUUGUUGAAGAAUGUAAUCAAAUAGAUCAAUUAGAUAAUCAAUUAAACGACCAAUCAGAUGACCAGUUGGAUGAACAAUCAGAUGAACAAUCAGAUAAUCAGUCAGAUGAUUUUGAUAGUAAUAAAUCAGUAAGUAAUAAAGAGUUUCAAUUAAAAAGCGAAAAGGCAAAGGACGACCUCCAG